AUGACCGAAAAACCAUCGAUUCUUGAAAAUCCGAAAUUUCUUCGCUCGUGCAUUCUGUAUGAAUCUCUGGGAGAUUGGAAAUAUUGUAAAGUGUACGACGUUUACGCGGACAUGUGCAGAAGAUUCAACGACAAUUUUAUGGACUAUCCGGAAUUCGAAUUUUGGUGGCUGCGAUUUUUGGCGGGAAACUUCGAUAUCGAUUAUGAUAGAAACCAGGACCCAAAGUACCGUACUAUCACGGAUAUGCCAAUUCAAAUUUUCGACAAAAUCUGUGAGAAUUUGGGAGAAGGUUAUCAAGAGAAAUAUCGAUUCGUCUUUCGCCACGUGUGCAAAUCCUUCCGCGCUUUAGCGGACUCUUGGGCUCAAAAUUUUCGAUCUGUGUCCAUUGAAUCAGGAUAUCGCGACCAAAUUUCUAUGUUCAUCGAUGGCGGAACACGCUAUUAUGUCGAAAAAAAUCGUGCGUUGAGUGAUUUCUUAAGUAUUCUCACUGAUCCUGACCUCAAACUGUAUAAUAUUCAAAUCGAUUCACAUCUCGAUAAGCAAUUCUUGGAGAGAUUCGUUCUGAAAUUGGAAUCGCUGAAAAUCAAAAUCCACGUAGAGAAUGUUCAUUUGGAAAUGGAGGAGACAGAAAUUCAGAAGCGAAUUGCGGCGUUGUAUCAAGUUGAGACAAUCGAAAAGGCUCAUUUCAAAGGAUCGCAAUUCCAAAUUAUUCAAUUUCUCGACGAAAUGAUCAAAAACCAAGCUGAAAAUCCAAAGUUUCAGCAUCUCCGAAAAUUGAAGAUCUUGAAAAUGGAAUUUCAAUGUGAUUCACUGUUUCUGAGAGAAUCGACGAAAAUUGUUCAGUACCUUCUCCGAUUUCCCGAUCUGAAAUAUUGCCGAGUGACUGGAAAAGUGACUUCAUUUAAAAAACUAAAGGAAAGAAUUGAACAAUUUGGAGUCAGAAGAGCCGACAAUAAUCCGGAUAUUUUUCACUAUCCAAUUCCAAAAUCUGCUGAUUUUUUGAAAAUUCAAAUUUUCAAAAAUGUGUUUUUUAACUUUCUUUUCAAGACAUCAUCAUCCAUCUAUACCAGUGACCUUCACCCUCUUGUUGAUUAA